AUGGAUUCUACAGAUUCUUCACUUCCCAGAGACAGAGACUUUGCCAGAUUCCAAUUGGGAUGCGAACACUACAAGAGACGAUGUAAAAUCAGAGCUCCUUGCUGCAAUCUCAUCUUCCCAUGUCGCCAUUGCCAUAACGAAUCAGCGAAUUCUUUACCUGAUCCUAAAGAACGACAUGAUUUGGUCCGUGAAAACGUCAAACAGGUUGUUUGUUCAAUAUGUCAAACUGAGCAAGAGGUUGCUCAAGUCUGCUCGAAUUGCGGUGUCUGUAUGGGAGAAUACUUUUGCGAUAUUUGCAAAUUCUUUGACGAUGAUACCUCGAAAGAACAGUUUCAUUGCGACGACUGUGGAAUUUGUAGAGUUGGUGGGCGUGACAAUUUCUUUCAUUGCCAAAACUGUGGAGCUUGCUAUGCAACGGGCUUGCGCGAUAAACACUCAUGUAUUGAGAACUCCACAAAGAAUUCUUGUCCUGUCUGUUAUGAGUAUCUGUUUGAUUCGGUAAAAGUGGCACACGUGAUGAAAUGUGGGCAUACUAUGCAUAUGGAUUGCUACAAAGAAAUGAUCAAUAAACAACAGAACCGAUGCCCCCUUUGUUCUAAGUCAACGAUGGAUAUGUCUUCCUGGUGGCACGUAUUAGAUGAGGAGAUAAGUGCAACAGAGAUGCCUGCUGAGUUGAGAGUUGAGGUUGCAAUUCUUUGCAAUGACUGCAACAAGAGAAGCAAUGCUCUGUUCCACAUUUUGGGACACAAGUGCACGCAUUGUGGUUCAUACAACACUCGCAGAAUCUCAACCCCGCAAGACUCUGUAGGUGAUACAGAGUGA